AUGCCGACACCUUCAAACGCUAUAGAGAUCAAUGACGGUUCGCAUAAAUCUGGUAGAAGCACUAGGCGGUCUGGAUCUAGGAGUGCGCACGAUGACGGUCUAGAUUCAUUCUCAAAAGGCGAUUCAGGUGCUGGAGCCAGUGCUGGUAGCAGUAAUAGUCGAUUUAGACAUCGAAAAAUAUCUGUGAAGCAACAUCUUAAGAUAUAUCUGCCUAACGAUCUGAAACACCUGGAUAAAGAUGAAUUGCAACAGAGAGAGGUGGUUGAGAUCGAAACUGGUGUAGAAAAAAAUGAAGAAAAGGAGGUCCAUUUGCAUCGAAUAUUACAAAUGGGUUCUGGUCAUACAAAGCACAAAGACUAUAUUCCGACCCCGGAUGCUUCUAUGACUUGGAAUGAAUAUGAUAAGUUUUAUACGGGCAGUUUCCAGGAGACCACCAGCUACAUCAAAUUUUCUGCCACUGUGGAGGAUUGCUGUGGUACCAACUACAAUAUGGAUGAAAGAGAUGAGACCUUUUUAAAUGAACAAGUCAACAAAGGUUCAUCAGACAUUUUAACUGAAGACGAAUUUGAAAUACUUUGUUCCAGUUUUGAACAUGCUAUUCACGAGCGUCAACCAUUCUUGAGUAUGGAUCCGGAAAGUAUACUUUCUUUUGAAGAAUUGAAGCCCACAUUAAUAAAAUCAGAUAUGGCUGAUUUCAAUCUAAGAAACCAGCUGAAUCAUGAAAUAAAUUCUCAUAAAACACAUUUUAUCACACAAUUCGACCCCGUAUCUCAAAUGAAUACGAGACCUUUAAUUCAGCUGAUAGAGAAGUUCGGCUCUAAAAUUUAUGAUUAUUGGAGAGAAAGAAAAAUUGAAGUUAACGGGUACGAAAUUUUUCCGCAGCUGAAAUUUGAAAGGCCGGGUGAAAAAGAAGAGAUUGAUCCCUACGUCUGUUUCAGAAGAAGAGAAGUGAGACAUCCGCGGAAAACAAGACGUAUAGAUAUCUUAAACAGUCAGCGUUUAAGGGCGUUGCAUCAAGAAUUGAAAAACGCGAAGGACUUGGCCCUGCUUGUUGCUAAACGUGAGAACGUUUCCCUAAAUUGGAUUAAUGAUGAAUUAAAAAUAUUCGAUCAAAGGGUAAAAAUUAAGAAUUUGAAAAGAUCUUUGAACAUUAGUGGAGAAGACGAUGACUUGAUUAACCACAAGAGAAAACGCCCCACGAUUGUUACGGUCGAACAAAGGGAAGCUGAACUAAGGAAAGCUGAACUUAAGAGAGCAGCUGCUGCAGCAGCGGCAGCGAAGGCAAAGAACAAUAAAAGGAAUAACCAACUUGAAGACAAAUCUUCUAGGCUCACCAAGCAGCAACAGCAGCAACUGUUACAGCAACAACAACAACAACAGCAAAAUGCCCUUAAGACUGAAAACGGAAAGCAACUCGCGAAUGCAUCCUCUUCUUCAACAUCACAGCCAAUUACGUCUCAUGUUUAUGUCAAACUACCAUCUUCCAAAAUUCCUGACAUUGUAUUGGAAGACGUGGAUGCUCUAUUGAACAGCAAAGAAAAAAAUGCAAGAAAGUUCGUUCAGGAAAAGAUGGAGAAACGGAAAAUUGAAGACGCAGAUGUCUUUUUCAACUUAACGGACGAUCCCUUUAAUCCUGUAUUUGACAUGUCGUUGCCUAAAAAUUUUUCGACUAGUAAUGUUCCCUUUGCAUCUAUCGCGUCAUCCAAGUUUCAGAUAGAUAGAUCUUUUUAUUCUUCACAUUUACCAGAAUACUUGAAGGGGAUAUCUGAUGACAUCAGAAUAUAUGAUUCAAAUGGCCGUUCGAGAAACAAAGAUAAUUACAACUUGGAUACCAAAAGAAUCAAAAAAACUGAACUGUACGACCCAUUCCAAGAAAAUUUGGAAAUUCAUUCGAGAGAGUAUCCAAUAAAAUUCAGGAAGAGAGUUGGUAGAUCUAAUAUUAAGUAUGUUGAUCGUAUGCCAAAUUUUACAACAUCGUCGACCAAGUCUGCAUGUUCUUUAAUGGAUUUUGUAGAUUUCGAUUCAAUCGAAAAAGAACAAUAUUCAAGAGAAGGUAGUAACGAUACUGACUCGAUUAAUGUUUACGAUUCCAAAUACGACGAAUUUGUCAGACUUUACGACAAGUGGAAGUAUGAUUCUCCACAAAAUGAAUAUGGGAUCAAGUUUUCAGAUGAACCGGCAAGACUUAACCAGAUUUCAAAUGAUACUCAGGUGAUUAGAUUCGGAACAAUGUUGGGUACGAAGUCCUACGAACAAUUAAGGGAAGCCACCAUAAAGUAUCGUAGGGACUAUAUCACCAGACUGAAACAAAAGCAUAUACAACAUUUACAACAGCAACAACAACAGCAGCAGCAGCAACAGCAGCAAGCACAACAACAAAAGCAGAAAUCACAGAACAAUAAUUCAAAUUCUUCGAACUCCCUAAAAAAAUUAAAUGAUUCGUUAAUCAAUUCAGAAGCGAAACAGAACUCUUCUAUAACCCAGAAAAAUUCAUCAUGA